CGCAGGCUGGUGGCGGCGCUGGGCGGUGUCUGCGGACUCCCAGGGCCUGGUUCCGGAGGCCGAGUCUCCGCGCCGCAGAGUGCAGGCUGGAGCCGGGCAGCGACUAGUCAUGGAGACCCGCUACAACCUCAAGAGCCCGGCUGUUAAACGUUUAAUGAAAGAAGCGGCAGAAUUGAAAGAUCCAACAGAUCAUUAUCAUGCACAACCUUUGGAGGAUAAUCUUUUUGAAUGGCACUUCACAGUUAGAGGGCCCCCAGAUUCUGAUUUUGAUGGAGGAGUUUAUCAUGGACGAAUAGUACUACCACCAGAGUAUCCCAUGAAACCACCAAGCAUUAUUCUUCUAACGGCUAAUGGACGAUUUGAAGUAGGCAAGAAAAUCUGUUUGAGCAUCUCAGGACAUCAUCCUGAAACUUGGCAGCCUUCAUGGAGUAUAAGAACAGCAUUGUUAGCCAUCAUUGGGUUUAUGCCAACAAAAGGAGAAGGAGCCAUAGGUUCUCUAGAUUACACACCUGAGGAAAGAAGAGCACUUGCUAAAAAAUCACAAGAUUUCUGUUGUGAGGCAUGUGGCUACACCAUGAAGGAUGUCCUGCUGCCUUUAAAAUCUGGAAGUGAUUCAAGCAUGGCUGACCAAGAAGCCAAAGAACUGGCUAGACAAAUCAGUUUUAAGGCAGAAGUUAAUUCAUCUGGAAAGACUAUUGCUGAGUCGGACUUAAACCACCCUUUUUCACUAAAUGAUUUAGAGGACAAUAUACCUACCACAUUCCAGGGAGCUACUGCCAGUACAUCGUAUGCAGUCCAGAACUCCUCAGCAGCAUCCCUUCAACAACCUGCCCAGCCUGUAGCUAAGAACACCUCCAUGAGUCCUCGCCAGCGCAGGGCCCAACAGCAGAGUCAAAGAAGGUCGUCCAGUUCACCAGAUGUCAUCCAGGGCCAGCAGCUCCGAGACAACCACACGGAUAAUGGCGGGUCUGCUGUACUGAUUGUCAUCUUGACUUUGGCACUGGCAGCGCUUAUAUUCCGACGAAUAUAUCUAGCCAAUGAGUACAUAUUUGACUUUGAGUUAUAAUACUGUUUUGUGUUUUAAGAGCUGUGACUCAACUGCUUUAUUAAACAUUCUUCAUUGGGUAUAGUCUAAGAAUUGUUUACAAAAAAUUAUUUUGUAUUUACCCUGCAUUCCUUUUUUUUUUAUCCUUAUAAAUUCAGUUAUAACUAUAGCUCGCAUUCAGACUGUGUCCUGCUUGGUUUAAGGGAUUGGAAGUGAAGUUCCUUGUCUCAUUAUAUAAACUGCUUUACAGGGAAACAAUUUGUUAUUUCUCAUGUUUUAGCUUCUUUUUAUGUAAAUUUGUGAUAGUUUCUGUAUAGCCCUUUAAAUUUUUGGGUAAAAGAUGGUGUUUUAAGUUCCAAUGAGUAUUAGUAAUUACUCAGUAUCAUUUAUUCAGUACUCUGUUUCUACUUAUGUAGAAUGAUAGAGGGAUAAGUGUUAAAAAGGCCAAGUAAAACCCCCUCCAAUGGCUUACUUCAUGGGAACAUUGGGAUUACCCAUUCUGUGAUAUACUUUAUGUCCUAAACAUUGUCAGUGAAAGUUACUAUAUCAGUCAAACAUUUAUGAGUAAAUGAGAUUACAUCUUGGUUACUGAAUUUUACUUGAAGAGGGAAUAAUGCUUUGUAACCACUUUGAUAUGUAUUAUCCCAUUCUCUCCAAAGAGCACAUAGGGUUUAAAAGAAAGAAAGAAAACAAUCCUCUGUAGAUCUUGGAUGGAUGCAAGGAAGAAAGGAAGAAAGGAAGGAAGGAAAGGAGGGAGGGUUCAAGUCAGGAAAUCACUUAGUUUUAUUCUAGAAGUUAAGUGGGAGUAUCUUAAGAUUUGAAUGUUUAAUCUGCUUUGAAUUGUAUAUCUUUUGAGAUGUAUAUAUGCCUAGCUUUGUAAUCACUAUAAAUUUAAUUAUUCUGGAAUAUGCAUAAUGUUGUACUAUUUCUUGUACCAUAUUAAUAGAAAAGGUCAGGGCCCAAGCAAUAGUGGUAGAAAUUAGAAAAACCUUUACUUGGAAUUGUAUGCCUACACAAAGCCCAAGAAGUAAUUCUCAGUACAAAAUCAAUAUAUAUCAUAGUGCUAGUUAGCUCCACGACUCUAGUAGACACUUUCAACAUCAUAGUCCCUGGUGAAAACAUAAUUACAGAGAAACAUUGCAUUCAGCAUGUUCAGUAGCAGCAUUGAAGGCACUCUUGAGAGCAUUAUUAAUGAAGAUUUAACUUUUAAAUACAGGCAGUCCUCAGCUUUCAAACAGGUUAUGCUCUAAAGGUGCAUUUAUAAGUUAUUAUUAUUAUUAUUAUUUACAAUUCUAUGUUGUAAAUGUGUUUAGGUUCUAAAUCAGUCCACAAAAAAAGUCCAUAAUGUAUCUUGAAUAAUUUGGGGGAUGGUAUCCAUAAAGUCCUUAUGUGGUUUUAACUAACUGAAAUUAUAGGCACUAUAGAAACAAUUUGUAAAAUGAUUUUAAAGGCAAAUUUAAUUUUUACUUGUGCUCUGGGACUUUGGUUCCAUAACUGUCACACAAUAUCUGUGUCUCAAAGCCAUUUUUCCUUUAGGUCUGCAUUUAAAACAAGAGCAUAUUGUAUACUACGAUAUAACACGUAAUUGUAUUAAACUUUAAUAAACGAGCAUUUUUAAAGUGUUUACAGAUUAUUUCUGUUAUAUCUACAACUGAAAGUGGUAAAGUCUAAAAAGCCCAAGGACUUUAUGAAGACCUCAUAUGUUAGGAAAUUAUAAUUACCAUUUUGGAACUUUAUUGCCUUUUUGAAGUCUUGGUUUAGAACAUAAGAUAUUAGAAAUAUUGGUUCCGUCAUCAGUGGUCUAACAUGAGGUCACUGACCCUGGAAGGCCAGGCAAUGCUGUCACUAGAGAAGGAAAUCCCUGCACCAACUAAAAUUAUGUGGAGAUGAAUCUUAUGCUAGAAACAGUCUUCCCUCCGUUUCCUCUCAGUCAUUUUGAGCCAGCCUCUGAAGCUUUGUGAUCUUAUUGCAUGUUUCCAUGGGAUAUAGGAUGUACCCAUACUUUCAAAUUAACUAAGCCAAGAAAUUUUACAUUGUGCAGAUCCUUUUCUGUCCAAUUAGCUUCUCUUCCAUCGUGUCAAAUGACAGACCACCUUCUUUGUGUUAGGAUUUAUUUUUAACACUAAUAACACAUAGUUAAAGUGGCAUCUUUUAUGCUCCUUCCUUUCAGCUUAACUAUGUUACUUAAAAAUCCUUAAGUUGUCAGUCUGACCUCCAUUGUGGAGUUCGUGAGCAAAAUUGAUCUUUGGGGCCAUUUUUAUUGACACUCCACCUGAUAGGCCUCUUCAGCAAACUUAUUUUUAAAGCCGCACUUUAACCCUUUAUUUACAGCGUAAAGACAAAAUCAAACAUACGAUCUGGCAGGUAAAGGCUUAGGACUCAUUCUUUCGCCAGUCUUCAGAUUUAUGUAACUCAGUGACUUUUUCUUUGGCCAACAUAGCACAUGGCUACAUACUAAGGUAGUUCAAAUUAGCAUGCUUGAAGAGAUAUAUAAUGUCUGUUUCAUCUGUAACUGUUUAAGCAAAUGAAAUCUUUCCGAUUUUAUGUAUUGUGGGGCUUUUAUGUGGCACUUUACAUUUUCAUGCUGCUGAUUGUUUUUAUUCUGAAAUAAAUAAAUUUCAUCAAAA